AUGUCGUCAGAGAAACGAGUCUUCGCCCCAGGCGGACAAGAUGGCACCAACCAAGCCGCGCAAUUCACCAAAGGCGCCUUAGAACUCCACCAAAUGGACGCAAACCCUUUUCAACAAUUCGACAUCUGGUUCAAGCACGCCAAUGCAGAAAAAGUAAACCACCCGGAGACAGUCACUCUCUCAACCGCGCACCUCCCCUCCGGAAAAGUCAGCGCUCGCACCGUCUACCUCAAAGAAAUGGACGACAAUGGAUUCGUCAUCUACAGCAAUUUCGGCACAUCUCGCAAAGCGGCGGAUAUCGAGUCGAAUCCCAAUGCCGCUCUGACUUUCUGGUGGCAAGAACUCGAGCGUCAAGUCCGGGUGGAAGGACCGUGCGAACGGCUUACGGCGGAGGAGAGUCAGAUUUACUACGAUACGCGAGCGAGAGGGAGUCGCAUUGGUGCUUGGACGAGCCAGCAGAGUAAGGUGUUGAGGGAUCGGGAGGAAUUGGAGCAGCAGGUUAGAGAUACGGAGAAGAGGUUUGAAGGGCAGGAGAAGAUUCCUGUGCCGGACUUUUGGGGUGGGCUGAGGGUUAAGCCGGAGAUGGUGGAGUUUUGGCAGGGGAGGGAUUCGAGAUUGCACGAUCGGUUUAGGUAUACAAAGGAUGAGGGUGGGAAGUGGAAGAUUGAUCGGUUGAGUCCGUAG